CCUAAGCGACCUCUCUCCCGUCUGACGCCUAUAGUCAAGCGAAGAGAAAUCCUUAGAGAACGAAUGAAUCCCUUAUUAAUGGAAGAGGGAAAGAGUUGUUCGAGACGAGAAAACUCUUUUGUGAUUUAUUGAAUGGUCUUCCCGGAUUACUCUGUAGAACAAGAUGAAUUACGACAGGAGUGAUAUCGUCUUCGUUAUCGAGAAAAGCGUCAGUCUGAAGAGAUACUUACCAGAGCUCAUUGAAGGAUAUAUUAGUCCCAUUAUAUCGUUCUUUGGUAAUGGUCUCUCAGAGGAGUCGGAUGUCUUUUUCUCACAGAGCAGUUUUGUUCAGUAUGCCUCAGUAUUUUAUGGAACAGAAUUAUCCCUGGUUGGGUCAUGGGGCCAAGUGGAGUCGUUUGGGCCAACAUGUUCAGAGCGGGAUAUCUUGAAUGCCAUAAAAAAUGCUCGCUAUAAUUGCAAAAACUUGACAAGACAAGCUUUCAUCCUGGAGGGAUUGCAGGGUGCCCUAAAUUUGUUUGAGACCAUGAAACAGCGUUACCCACCGGGGGAAAGUGUCCAGAGAUGCUGCAUUCUCAUAACGCAGAGCACGCCGAUGACUAAUCCUUGGUCACCAACAAGCCCAGAAAAAGUUAUCCUUGAACUAAAAAGAUGUGGUAUCCAACUGUCAGUUAUAUCAAUGCACAAAUUGGUAGAGCUGUAUCGUCUGUUUGAUGCAGCGGGAGGAGACCACCAGGCCUGCAUGGCUAAGAAUUAUGCAAGCAAACCACAACACCUUGUCCUUCUCAAAGACAUUAUUCUGCAGGAGAGAGCGCUGAGCCCUUCGCUCAUACCUUACACCCCAGUGACGUCAGUGGCCACGCCCCCUGCCCCGCAUGUGUCACAGCCACCCACGGGCCCAGGACCUUCUCCAAACACCCUCCCUACAGGCCCUGCGACACCAUCUCCAGGUCCUGUCAAUGGUGGCUCACCGGCUCCCACGCAGGUCCAAACAUCAGGAAUGCCGCGACCACCCCCAGCUGGAAUGGUCGUCAAUCCAAUAACAAGUACCCAGCAAGGCAAUCUUUCAACUCAGCAACCAUCAAUCAUAGCACACAACGUUCAAGCUCGGGUCCCGGUUGGCAUUGGUCCAAACAGACCGCGUUGGUUGCCAGAUCCAAAUGCUGCUCCUGGGAACACUCAUGGUGGUGCUUGGCCUGUGGGGGCAGGCCAGCGGGCACCUACCAUGCAGCCUGUUAUAAUGACAAAGACUCAGCCGCCUUUACCAAACCAGGAUGUGAAUCAGACAAUACCUGUGCCAAUGCCUCAGACGCCUAACCAGGUGGGACAAGGGGCAGGGAUAAACAUGCCAAAUCAGCGACAGGUAGUGUGGCAGGGCACGUUGGAAUGGCAGGAGAAGAAGGGCGACAAUAACACCAGAGUAGCCCACCAAGUGACAUGCAAAAUGACAUCGCUGGUGGUAAAUGGAGAGCCAGAAGUAAAAACUGAGGGUUGGUCAACUAAACUCAUAAUGCAGAUGAUACCAAAACACAUUCUUGGCUCCAUCGGAAACACUUUCUUCAAGAAUGUGAAGACUGUCAUGUUCCUGCCAGAUCAGAGUCCUGCACUGGAAGCUCUUACUACUUUUUUGUUCAGAGGGAUGGCUGGCUGCGUACAUGUGUCACAUCCAGCUCCAUCACAAAAUGAGGUGAAAGUCAUCAUCCUGCUGUUUUCGUGUGAGAAGAAGGCCUAUGUUGGCUUCAUUCCAGUGGAUCAAGUCUCCUUUGUGAAUAAGAUCAGGAGUGUCAUUCAGGGUGCAAGAAAAGGACAGAUCCCAGGUAAUAUCAUGGCACCAGUGAGUGGGCCUAAUGUGUCUGGUGGUGGACCGGUAAUGGUAGUCCAGAAUACCCCAGGGAUGCCUCAACUGCCUACCAGUUCAGGUUCAAAUAUGAACGUCAUGUCUACGCAGAGCAUGAUCAUCCAGCAGAACCCACAGCUCACACAAGCUCUCAGUCAGCCUAUUAGUCAAGGUGGGAACGCUAUGAUGGGUGGAGGCCAGAUGUCGCAGAUGCCAAGCGGCAAUGUGUCUCAAGGCUUGGGUCAGCCAGGGCCAGGGGGGCCAGGGGGGCCAGGAGGACCAGUUAAUGUGCAGAUGGGAACAGGCCAGUCUGUCUUGGCCACACAACUCACCACAAGACCAACGCUCAAUAUACAACAGCAGCAGCAGCAACAGCAGCAGCAGCAACAACAACAACAGCAACAACAACAGCAGCAACAGCAGCAGCAACAACAGCAACAGCAGCAGCAGCAGCCUGACCAAGAGAAGCUACAGCUGCUUCAGUUGCGUCAGAAUCAGCCACAGCAGCAGACACAACAGCAGCAGCAACAGCAGCAACACCACAGUGCAGCAAUGCGACAGCAGCUUCACCAGCAAUUGCAACAUAGACCUCAUGUUGGGGUAGGGAUGAAUAUUGGGCCCCAGGGACAAGGGGGCAACACUACCCUUGGGCAACCUCGCAUGAUGCAGUCCACCAUGCAGAAUCCAGGGCUAAAACAUCUGCUUCAAGUAAGACAGCAACAUCAACAACUGCAGCAUCAACAGCAACAGCAGCAGCAACAGCAGCAACAGCAACAAAUUAUUAUGAUGCAGCAGCAGGGGAUGAGGCCACAGUUAGGUCAGCAGGGCCAGCAGGUCAUGGGCCAGGCAAUAGGCCAGCAGGGAAUGGGCCAGCAGGCUAUGAACCAGCAGACUAUGGGACAGCAAGGUAUUGGUCAGUCGAUUCAAGAUAGCAGUGACUAUAUGGAUCUGUUAUAAGAAGUCAUUUCGAUGUACCAUAUUUUCCGGCAGAUGAGAGGCAACCAUACUUUUUUUUUUUUUUUUUUUUUUUUUUUUUUAAGGAGGGAAGGGGGGAAUAAGUUUGGCACAUUUUAUUAUGUAUGAAUAAUAUACGCCAUAGUUUCUUUGGGUAAAACAAAUUACUAAUAUCUGAUGUAGGCUUUGUUGCUUGAAGGUGAGCAGUAUUAUGAAAUGUUCAAACCUGUGUCUGUCUAUAGUCAUAACCUGACCCCUUAUUUUACAUCUUCAAUAACUGUACUACAAGUUUGACAUAAUUUUAUAUAAAUAUAUAUUGGGUGUUCACACUAUAUUUGUAAUAUUGUUACUAAGAUAAACUGAAUAUUUGUGUUGAAUGGACUAUUGAGUUGUGCAAAUCCACAUGAUAUUUUUUGAUUAGUUUUGGCCUUAACUUGGGUGAUUUGGACAUUGUAAACAUGGUUAUUUUUGUAUACUUUUUAUAGAGAAAAAGCAUCUUCUAUGCUGGAAAAUAGGGUAUUCACAUUUUUUUUCAGAUGUCAUUCCUUUAUUUAAAUUAUUCAUAUUUAUGUAAUGGAUAAUAUCCAAAUUCUUAUGUACUAUACAUAGUUGAGUAUUUACACAUUCUUAAUCCUUCAGGCUAGCUCUGCCAAAGUUAUCAUAUAUCCAGCAGAAAAUAAAGUCUUUAUUUUGAUUUUCCCUUCUUUUUUUCUCCUUUUUUCAUCUAUAGGGAACGAGGAGUGAGGAAUCGGAUGGUUCCCAAAAAUUAUUAUUUUUAACAUUGUCGCAAUUUUGUUCCACAUGAAUAAAAGGAAAAUAAA